AGGUUUACUGCAUAAGUGCGACAAGCAUAUAUAAUUGUGCCGGAUAAUUACACCACUGUCAAGAUGGUAAUUUUGUACUGGUCUAAGUUGCAUGUUGCAAAAAAUUCAAAUAUGUCAUAUGAAAGACCAUUGCUGAUUUCAUGUUGUAUGGGACACCUCCAUGUUGUGACGUAUUGUUUAUCAAAAUAAAAAAUAAAAUGAAGUGUAAUCAUAAUAUGACAAUAUUGGGAAAGAAACUAUUUAUAUUAUAGUUUCUUUCACAGUAUUGUCACCUGACAGCGUAGCGCAGUGGGUAAGAGGAUUAACCACGAAUCUGUAGUCAUGAGUUCGAAUCCCGCUUGUGGUUUUACAUUUUUUGCCUUUCCAAAUAUUUUAAAAAGCUAGAUUUUGGUUAAAUAUUGUAAAAUUUGAAAAUUCUAAACCAGUGAAAGUAUUCUCAUUAUUAUGUACUUUAAUCCACAUUAAUAUCGACAUAUGUCCCAUACCACCUUUAUAACUACUUUUGAUAUAAAUGCAUCACAUCUGUCAGGUGAGAUAUUUAGCUAUUGAUUUUUUUUUGGUUUCCUAAUGGAAUAAAAGAACUUCCUAUAAGAGUUUAAAAUUCCCGUACGAUUUGUACAAUACUCCCAUAGGACUUCAAAACCCGAUAGGAAAUCUUAAUUUCCUAUAGGAAAACUACCUGUCUGAAUUAAAUUUCUUUAGGAAAUACUAUUAUCCUGUAGGAAAUAUAACAUCAUUAGGAUGUUUCAUUCUAUACGAAUUUCAAAAUAUCAUGUAGGAAAACUAUCUUCUAUGAGAAUCAUUAUUUUCCUGUGGAAUAUUAAUUUUAAAGGUAAUAUCUCACCUGUCAGGUGAGACACAUAAAAAAAUAAAGUAGUCAUACUUAAGUUUUUCUAGGCAAUGGCCUUUGAUUAGUUGGUAUAUAAGGAUUUUUACGAAACUGAAUCUUAAGCAGGUGCCAAAAAUGGCAGCCUGGCACUGGCAUAAUCAUCCGGCACAAUGUUAUAUUACAUUGUACAACAUAAAAUGGCCAGUCGUACAAAAAUCUCCGAAUGGCUAUAACAUUUUUCAUGUUUACUGCAUAAUAAUGACCAUGGUUCAUAUGCAUUGCGCAUUUCAACACAAAAGCCGUCUACUGGAUAUUGAUUUAAAUUGCUCUAUCGAUUUUAAAUCUAUUUUUGUCAAAAAUCCAGGAAGUAAAUUGCAAGUCUCGUGAAGUCUCACUUCCAUCAUCGUUUGAGUCUACAACCCUUACAAAUUCAAGAUGGCAUUAUCCAAGCCAGUAGUUCCAGACACCGUCCAGAAUGAACCAGUCAUUGGUCAGCACUAUUUGGUUUGCGGCUCCGAAGGCUGCGAGAAGAACUGCCUGUUUUACUGCAAUCCAUGUCACCGACAAAUGUGUGAACAAUGCAGAGAUGAACAUCAGAAGAGUCCAGACACAAAAAAACAUGAAGUGGUCCCAUACAGACAACGCAAAAGACAACUUCCUGUGGAAAAAUGUAAGGAUCACCCGACUAAGGAUAUAGAUAUGAUCUGUGAGGACUGCCAUGUUCCUGUAUGUUCCAAAUGUGUAAUACAAGACCAUCAAAAACACACACUUAAUGAUUUAGAAACAAUUUAUUCGGAGAAAUUCACUCUUUGCCUUGAUGAAAUUUAUAAAAUCCAUCAGUAUUUUCUCCCAACUUCACAUGAUAUACAAGAAGAUAUAAAGGAUAAUUUCAAAGAAAUAAAAGCAACCAUAGAUAAAAUAAGAACAUCCAUAAAGGCUAAAGCUGAAUCCCUUAAACGUUUGGUGGACACUGUGGCAUCAGAUGAAAUAGAACAAGUCAACAAAAUGGAAGAGUCUCUAAAGGAGAAGCUUAAGAGUCAAGACAAAACCUAUCAAGAUUACAUCUCCUAUCUCGAAGACCUUGUCAGAGAGUUCCAUGGCUACCUGUCCUCAACCAAAGUCCAAAGCAAUCCACUCAUUCUUUCUCAACCUUACCAGAUGAAAAUCAAACCCAUACCAAAAACCAUUAUACCAGUCCCUCCAGUAUUUAAUGCUGGUCAAUACAGCAAGGAAGAUGUCUCCAAACUAUUGGGUAGAGUAACUGCUCCUGACACUAAACCAGAGAACAGAAAAAUAAAACCCAUGAAGACAGCCUCUACACAGUUGAAACCUACAGAACAACAGAGGAAACAAGACAGAGAGAAAUCUGACGUGAAACGAACACUGUCUCUGUGUUCCUCCUUCACCAAGGUCAGGGAGUACACAGUACCAGGUGUUGGCAAUGUAUGGCAUAUAUCACUAGGUAAAGCAGGCAGACUCUGGGCCAGUGAAGAUAUUGGUAAUUUUGUCAAAACAGAUCUACAGGGGAAUCAGCUACAGAAGAUACAAACCGAUGGUGUAUAUGGCUACCACACAGUCACACAGGAUGGGGAUCUGAUCUAUACAGACAGAAAGAACAAGGUCAUCAAUACGAUAACACUGAAUAAUACAAUCACUGAAUUUAAUAAAACAGUAGACUGGGAACCAAUCAGCAUACACUCCUCCCAUAUCAACGGGGACAUACUGGUAGGGACGAUAAAGAAUGGAGAGGCUAAAGUCACCAGGUACAACAAGAAAGGGAAAGAAAUACAGAACAUACAGAGGGACAACAAAGGACAGGGACUGUAUAGUGAUCCACGCUACAUCACAGAAAACAUCAAUGGUGAUAUCUGUACAUCAGACAUAAACAAACAUGCUGUAGUGGUGGUAAAUAAAUCAGGACAACACAGGUUCUCCUACACAGGCCAGGGAUCAAUGUUUAAUCCCUAUGGUAUAUGUACUGAUCUCCUUGGUCACAUUCUAGUGUGCAGCGGUCCUCGCUUGAGCGUGUUCUUGAUACCAGGUAAUAACAGCACAGUUACGCUCCUGGAUCAACACGGACAGUUCUUGUUUCUAAUACUCACAGCACGACAAGGGGUUGGGUUUUAUCGUAGUCUGUGUGUGGAUGAUGAGAACAAUCUCCAUGUGGGACAACAUAACACCAACACAGUGAAAGUGUACAAGUACCUCCAGUGAUCAUUACUUUGUGAAAAUAAUUCACGAGGAGCUACAUUACUAUGUCAAUUACACUCUGUGCAAGAUAAAAAUAAUUGUUUACAUUUGUCAUAUGAAAACUAUUCUGAGCAAUAGAUAAAUGGAUCCAGUGAAACAAAUACCAUUCCAAAUAUCUGAUGAUGAGAGUUAACAGAAUAAUACAUACUAUCAUUAGCUUAUCCAUUUAUCAAAUAAAAUUGUAUGUUAAGAUUCCUUCUUUUUUAUUAAAUUUAUGAUAAUUAUUUCAACAAAAGUUGAUA